CAGACACCUGGCUUUCAAGCAAACACAGCUACAACAUUCACGCUCUUUACACUGUUUUGGUGUAUAUUAGUCGCUGUGUAUUCAAUACACUUCUGUCGUAUGUACUUGUUGGCCCAUUUAAUUAUAUAUUUACGUUGUUUGUCAGCUAGCUGGUUUGCUAAAUUAGCUUAGAACUAGGCUAGUCGCUAAUGCUAACUAGCUAACAUCCCCGACCAUGAGUUCACUAAGCUACUCUCCUCCUGAUAAAGAAGAGGUCUGCUGGACGGAGAAAGAAGGUCUUGUGAAAGAGGAGGAGGAAGAGAAGGAUGUUACACUACAAAAACAAGUAGAGGGUGAGACUCUUACCGUGAAAAAAGAAGAGGAAGACGCGUUCAGAGUGAAAGAGGAGGAGGAUGUUACAGUAAAAGAAGAGGGGGAAGAGAAAGAGGGUGCAGUUUUUGGAGAGGAGGAGGGGGAGAUGACUGUAACAUUGGAGGAAGAAGAGGAGGUUGGAGAUCUGUUUAACACCAGAGAGAUACUUCACUAUCGUGGAUCAUCUGGGGAGCCUCAACAACCUCAUGAUGCUGAACAGGCAGAGAAGAAUCUCUCCAGAUCAGAACACCUCAAUAAACACCUGCAGAGAUCCACAGGGAAGAGAACUCACUACUGCUCUGACUGUGGGAAGAGAUUCACCUCAUCAGGCAUAAAAAUUCAUCAGAGAACACACACCGGAGAAAAACCUUUUUGCUGUGUUCAAUGUGGGAAGAGUUUUGGUCAAUCUGGCCAUCUGACAGUGCACCAGAGAACACACACAGGAGAGAAACCUUAUAGUUGUGGUCAAUGUGGGAAGAGUUUUUCAACAUCUGGCUCUCUGACGCUGCACCAGAAAACACACACAGGAGAGAAACCUUAUAGCUGUGGUCAAUGUGGGAAGAGUUUUGGUAGAUCUUGCUAUCUGACUCAACACCAAAAGACACACACAGGAGAAAGACCUUAUAGCUGUGGUCAAUGUGGGAAGAGUUUUGGUCAAUCUUGCCAUCUGACUCAACACCAGAAGACACACACAGGAGAGAAAUUAUAUAGUUGUGGUCAAUGUGGGAUGAGUUUUCUUCGAUCUGGAGAGUUGACAGUGCACCAGAGAAUACACACAGGAGAGAAACCUUACAGCUGUGAUCAAUGUGGGAAGAGUUUUGCUGCAUCUAGAACUCUGACUCAACACCAGAGAACACACACAGGAGAGAAACCUUAUAGCUGUGGUCAAUGUGGGAAGAGAUGUUCCACAUCUGGCCAUCUGACUGUACACCAGAGAAUACACACAGGAGAGAAACCUUAUAGCUGUGAUCAAUGUGGGAAGAGAUGUUCAACAUCUGGUCAUCUGACUGUACACCAGAGAACACACACAGGAGAGAAACCUUACAGCUGUGAUCAAUGUGGGAAGAGUUUUGGUCAAUCUGGAGAGCUGACAGUGCACCAGAGAACACACACGGGAGAGAAACCUUUCAGCUGUCAUCAAUGUGGGAAGAGUUUUGCUGCUUCGAGAACUCUGACUCAACACCAGAAAUUACACACAGGAGAGAAAUCUUAUAGAUGUGGUCAAUGUGGGAAGAAAUGUACAACAUCUGGCUCUCUGACUGUACACCAGAGAACACACACAGGAGAGAAUCCUUAUAGCUGUGAUCAAUGUGGGAAGAAAUGUACUACAUCUGGCUCUCUGACUGUACACCAGAGAACACACACAGGAGAGAGUCCUUAUAGCUGUGAUCAAUGUGGGAAGAAAUGUACUACAUCUGGCUCUCUGACUGUACACCAGAGAACACACACAGGAGAGAAACCUUAUAGCUGUGAUCAAUGUGGGAAGAGUUUUACUACAUCUGGCAAUCUGACUGUACACCAGAGAACACACACAGGAGAGAAACCGUAUAGCUGUGGUCAAUGUGGAAAGAGUUUUGCUCUAUCUAAAACUUUGACUCAACACCAGAGAAUACACACAGGAGAGAAAUCUUAUAGCUGUGAUAAAUGUGAGAAGACUUUUGGUCAAUCUUGCCAUCUGGUAUCACACCAGAGAACACACACAGGAGAGAAACCUUAUAGCUGUGGUCAAUGUGGGAAGAGUUUUGGCCAAUCUUGCCAUCUGGUAUCACACCAGAGAACACACACAGGAGAGAAACCUUAUGGCUGUGCUCAAUGUGGGAAGAGUUUUACUACAUCUGGCUCGCUGACUCUACACCAGAGAACGCACACAGGAGUAAAAUCUCAUAGCUGUGAUCAGUGUGACAAGAGAUACUCUGAUAAAAGAUCUCUGAUCAAACAUCAGAAAAUACAUGGAGUUUUUUCAUGAUAUCAAUGAAUUAAUGUCACAUAGUAGAAUGUUUUUAACAUUGUAGUAGAGGAGUAUUUUAAGGAAUUUCACAAUAUAGAACCCUACACUUUUGCCCCAUUUAAUUGAUUUCAGCCUUAGGAAAAAUCCAGGCUCUUGAAAGUGUACUAUUUAUGUGAUUUAACAAAAAAGUGACUAACACAAAAAGAGCUGUGUUACACUUACCAUGUUGGUGACCCACUUCUACAAAUUGUCCUCUAGCCAGUGAUGUACACAUUAUUCCCAGAUUCUGUGUGGUUUUUGACCUGUUAGUUUUAACAGGACGUGCAACCUCCUCUCGGCACAAUUGAUUUCAACAUGAUAUCGAUGAGUGAUGACAAAUAAGUGUUGUGUUCCUUUGUUUAGCGACCCCUAAAUUACGGAUAUUGCAGGAGUUUCCUCUUGAAAUCAGACAUGUCCGUGGUAAGGACAACUUGGAUGCUGAUUGUCUCAAAGGUGGGCAGUCAGAAAUAUUUGUGUUUUGCGUUUAGCCAGUGCGUUGUCAUGGAUCACAAUCUAUUUUGACUGCACGUUUUUUUGUAAUUGGGGAUGAGUUUUGUUUGGGUUCGUUCCAAGGGGAUGAGAGUUCUAGAAGCUAGUGAGUUUUAGGAAGACGAGAGUUCUAGAAGCUAGUGGGAAAACAAUAGUUUUUUCCCCCCUAUUUUUAAUUGUUGACAGUAGACACCAUGUUUAUAUUGGUAAAGGUGAAUCAUUGUAGUUGAUUAUAAUGUGAAAUGUAAAUUGUUUUCUGUUGGUGGUGAGCAAACUUAUCCAACAAAAAUAUAGGAUAUAUUUGUUGUCUUAAGGGGGAAGGUGUUACAGGCUUUUGUUUUAUGUUUUGAGGUUGGACUUUCGCCUGUGUAGCUUGUUAGCACCGAUUGGUGUCACCUCGUUAGUCAGUAUGUGUUACACCUGUCCAUCUCGUUAGUGGGAAGGUGUUUCACCUGAGCUGUUCCAGGUUCUAUUUUAGAGUGUCUGGCCCAGUGUUCCAGUUGUCUUGAUAGAUGUGGAGAGUCAACACCUUUAGUUUGCUCCACCUUUUUGGAUUUUCUUUUUUGAUUUGAUUCCUGUAAAAAAGUUUGAGGUGGUGGGACGGGUGCGCCAAUCGCCCGUGAGGAGAUGGCGCAAAGUACAUCUGGACCGUCGGUUCCGGGGAUUGGACUGGCCAACACGGUGCGCUUUUCUUGGCGGGGAAAAGAGAUGGAGCCUUGGGGGAGAGAAACCUUCGGGAGGAACAUCCUAAUGGGGCACCUAAAAUUGAACGUUAGAGAUGUUCUCUGCCUUCAGGGGAACCCAAUGGAGAAGGGGUUUGAUGUAACCCUAUAUUUGGAAGAAAAACACAAUGAGAUUAUGAAGACGGAAAGGAAAGAAGGUCCCCUGUGUCUUUACACGGUGACCAGCCUGGCAAGAAACAACUUCAGGGUGGUCACCGUAACCAUGUACAAUCCGCACGUGAAGGACGAAGAAGUGAGGGCCUUUCUGGGGAGGUACAUGGACAAUGUCUCUUCAGCGAGGUACCUCAGGGACUCCCUGGGUUUCUGGAAUGGGAAGAGAGGCUUCCAGGCGUUACUCAGGGAGUCCCCGAAGAGUGUGGAUGGCUACCUCCAUCCUCCGGCGAUGUUCUCCCUGGGGGCUGACAGGGGAACACUCUACUAUGCACGUCAGCCCCCGUUCUGCAGGCGUUGUAUGGCCUAUGGCCAUAUCCUGGCCACGUGCAGCGCCAAGAGGUGUCGGUUUUGUGGGUCGGAAGAGCACGAGGCCAGGGAGUGUGACGAGCCCAAGGCUUGCCACGGGUGUGGCUCAAGAGCACACCUGUGGCGUGAUUGCCCGUCUCGUCACAGGUCAUACGCGUCUGCAGCUGGGGGAGGAGCGGGGGAUGGGGGGAGGAAAGAGAGGACGCAUGCGGAUUGUACGGAUGGCACAGGGGAAAGGACGGAGAAGGACGAAGAAGGGAAGAAGGAAGAGGCGAAAAGAAAGAGGAGUGAAGAUGGAAAGAAGGAAAAAGAAGGAGAGAAGAAAAAGAAGGCGGAAGAACAGGAAGGAGCGGAGAAGAGGGAGAGUGGGACAGUGGUGCGAGAAGGAGUGGAAGAGGGAGUGUGGGACAGUGGUGCGAGAAGGAGUGGAAGAGGGAGUGGUGACAGUGACGGGGACGGAGGGA